AUGGGGGGCGGAGGAGCGUGGAGAUUGGGGGCCAAGAUUGCCGGAGUAAGCGUCGCGAACAGCGGUUUGCGCAGCGUUACGGCAGAGCACCAGGUCUCUGCCGCCGCUCGCCAGGUCACCACUCGUCCAGUGUCGGCGGUCGUUACGUCCUCCAACGAUGUGAAUUCGAGCGUGUCUGUGACGACUCACAGCGGGAAGAUUGAUGAGGAGAUUCAGAUGCCGUAUUGGCUCGACGACUGGGAGUUCGCCAGUAUUGAUGAAUCCGGUGAGCCGAGGCUCGUAUUUGGUGGGGCUCCGACUUUUCAGGAAGCCAAAGAGGUCACUUCUGAACUCAAUGAUGCUCUUAAAGAGGUCUAUCUCGCCCCACCUCAUUCUAUUGGAUGCAGUGGUUCAUAUAUAGAUGGUCAAGACUCUUGCUUGCCACUGUUUUCAGAAUCCGAAGUGUCGGAGUCCAAAAAAUGUGUUACCAGUGAGACUCACUCAGUUUCUCAAAAUGCUAUAGGCGCAUUUGGGUUUCUCAACAGAAGUCAUGCAGCUCAGGUUCUGAGUUGA